UCUGCUUCGCUCGAUGCACCAAAGCCUUCCCUUUUUUUUCUUUUUUUAAAAAAAUAAAAAUAAAAAAAUCUUAUCUACGCUAUAAAAAUGCUCAGGCAUGUGGCUAUUCUCCUUCAGGUUCUCGUCUUUCAUUCGCUCUAUCAAGAGCAACAUCUACCCCUCUGGAAAUAAUUUCCAUGGACGCUGCUUCCUUUCUCAAAUUCGCCGCAUUUCCGUCAAUCUCCGUCUCUCUCAAAUCCUCGAAAAGGGCAAUGAAAACGUCUUCUUCUUACAGAAUAUUGUCACAUAGAACUUGCUGGUCGAUUAGCAAAACUGCUUCUGUGAGCACUUUUUACUUCAAGAGCUCACUCCAUAAAGACUCUCUAUUCUCAAACACAAAGCCUUUUUGUACCUAUCCUAGCGAAGAUUCAGGUUAUUUCUCAAAGCGAAGAGCCCGUGGACCGGUCAUGGCACCGAAAAAAGCAUCGGAAGGUGCAAAGCAGGAUGCUGGAAGGUAUAAGGACACUAUUGAUUUGCCUAAGACAGCCUUUCCCAUGAGGGCAAAUUCUGUAGUAAGGGAGCCAGAAAUUCAGAAACUAUGGGACGAAAAUCAGGUGUUGAAGAGGGUGGUUGAUAGGAAUAAUGGGGGAGCCUUUACUCUUCAUGAUGGUCCGCCAUAUGCCAAUGGCGAUCUACAUAUAGGCCAUGCUUUGAAUAAGAUUCUAAAAGAUAUUAUCAACCGCUAUAAGCUUCUUCAAAAUUAUAAAGUCCAUUAUGUGCCUGGUUGGGAUUGUCAUGGCCUGCCAAUUGAAUUGAAAGUUCUGCAGUCAAUGGAUCAAGAUGCCAGAAAGGCUCUUACUCCCCUAAAGCUGAGACAGAAAGCUGCCAAGUUUGCCAAAAACACUGUUAAUAAUCAGAUGAAAUCUUUCAAGCGCUAUGGGGUAUGGGGAGACUGGAGCAAUCCUUAUUUAACACUCUCUCCAGAGUACGAGGCUGCUCAAAUUGAAGUAUUUGGUCAGAUGGCCAUGCAUGGGUAUAUCUACAGAGGCCGAAAGCCUGUGCACUGGAGUCCUUCUUCAUGCACUGCUCUUGCGGAGGCUGAGUUGGAGUAUCCUGAAGGGCACGUUUCAAAGAGCAUAUAUGCUAUUUUUAAGUUAGUCGGUGCACCUCCAACAUCAAAUGGCUUAUUGGAGGAAUUUUUCCCUGAUUUAUGCUUGGCCAUAUGGACCACAACUCCUUGGACAGUUCCUGCAAAUGCUGCUGUUGCAGUGAAUGCUGAGCUUCUAUAUGCGGUCAUUGAAAUGCACCUAGAAGACAUUUCUAAAUCACCUGGAACUGGAAAACUGGGCAAUGUUCUGAGAAGCGAGCAAAGGAAGCCUUUUCUCAUCGUGGCAACAGAGCUCGUGCCAACAUUGCAAUCCAAGUGGGGAGUGAAGCUUUCAGUCAAGAAGACGUUUUUGGGAUCGGCACUCGAAAAUUGCAGGUACAUACAUCCGAUUGAUAACAGAGAAUGCCCUGUUGUUAUUGGGGGAGAAUAUAUUACAACUGAAUCAGGAACUGGAUUGGUCCAUACUGCCCCUGGUCAUGGUCAGGAGGAUUACAUAACGGGCUUGAAAUAUGGACUACCAAUUAUCUCUCCUGUAGAUGAUGGUGGAAAGUUCACAGAAGAAGCUGGUCAGUUUGGCGGUUUAGAUGUCCUUGGAGAUGGUAAUACUGCUGUUGUGAAAUAUUUGGAUGAAAAAAUGUCAAUUGUCAUGGAAGAGCCAUACAAACACAAGUAUCCUUAUGACUGGAGGACCAAGAAGCCCACUAUAUUUAGGGCAACUGAGCAAUGGUUUGCUUCUGUGGUAGGGUUCAGGCAGGCUGCUAUGGAGGCCAUAAAUCAAGUAACAUGGAUUCCAGCACAGGCUGAAAACAGAAUUGCUGCAAUGACUUCUAGCCGUUCUGAUUGGUGUAUAUCACGGCAAAGGACGUGGGGUGUCCCCAUUCCAGUUUUCUAUCAUGUACACACAAAGGAACCACUGAUGAAUGCGGAGACUAUCGAACAUAUUAAGUCUAUAAUAUCGAAAAAGGGUAGUGAUGCAUGGUGGUACAUGGCAACAGAGGAAUUACUUCCAGAUAAAUAUCGUGAUAAUGCCUCAGAUUAUCAGAAGGGAACUGAUACAAUGGAUGUUUGGUUCGACUCGGGUUCUUCCUGGGCUGCUGUAUUGGAGAAAAGAGAUGGUCUCAAUUGUCCUGCUGAUUUGUAUCUUGAAGGCACAGAUCAACAUCGUGGGUGGUUCCAAAGUUCUUUGUUAACUAGUAUUGCAACGAAAGGCAAGGCUCCAUAUUCAGGUGUUGUAACACAUGGAUUUGUGCUAGAUGAGAAGGGUUUGAAGAUGAGUAAAUCUCUGGGUAAUGUUGUAGAUCCGACGACUGUGAUUGAAGGAGAGAAAAACAAUAAGGAUGCACCUGGUUAUGGAGCUGAUGUCCUGCGGCUUUGGGUAUCCAGUGUAGAUUAUACUGUUGAUGUAAUGAUUGGGCCUCAAAUCCUUCGUCAGAUGUCUGAAAUGUAUAGAAAGCUACGAGGAACCUUCCGAUAUCUUUUGUCAGUUCUGCCUGACUGGAAACCGGAGUAUGCUGUUUCCCAUAGCGAUCUUCCGAUGAUUGACCAGCAUGCAUUAUUCCAACUUGGAAAUGUUGUAAGCAACAUUAAAGGGAGUUAUGACAAUUAUCAGUUCUACAGGAUUUUCCAGAUCAUACAGCGCUUUGCUAUUGUAGAUCUUUCAAAUUUCUAUUUCGAUGUUGCUAAAGAUCGACUUUAUACUGGGGGCACAGCAAGUUUUACCAGGAGAAGUUGUCAAACUGUUCUUGCAGCACAUCUCCUCUCCCUCGUUAGGGUUAUUUCCCCGAUAUUGCCUCAUUUGGCUGAGGAUGUAUGGCAGCACCUUCCAUUUGAGUAUAUUUUGGAAGAUGGUUCUGUUGCCAAAUUUGCUUUUGAGUCGAGGUGGCCAGAUGCUAAUGAAACAUGGCUUGCAUUGCCAGCUGAGCAUGUCGAUUUCUGGGGGAAACUACUUGAGUUGAGAACGGAGGUGAACAAAGUUCUUGAGAUAGCUCGUGGCGAGAAGCUGAUAGGCUCCUCCUUAGAUGCAAAGGUUUAUCUCCACACAUCCGAUAAUGACUUGGCCACCAGGUUGGAAGAAAUGUGUGCUGCCCGCAGAGAUGCAGACAUGCUGCAUCAUAUAUUUAUAACGUCUCAGGUCAAAGUUCUGCCUUCUCUGGAGAGUGGAUUUACUUCAAAAGUUCCUUACACUGGACAAUACCUUAUUCAAGGAAAAACCAACAUUUGGAUCGGUGUAGCACGUGCGGACGGUGACAAAUGUGAAAGAUGCUGGCAUUACUCCCCUCAAGUUGGUUCAUUUCCCGAGCACCCAACCCUCUGUGGCCGCUGUUAUGAUGUCAUCGAGUGCCAGCCCAUUGCUGCCAUGGCAGGGGUCAGCUGAUACAAAAUAGAAAGGUAAGAUGAACACACCGAUAUUGUUUUCCAGCUGACAAAAGUCUGGAUACACUCACAGAAAUGGUAUCCACUCAAGUUUCUGUCGGCUGUCAUUUGAAAGUCUGGUGCAAGCUCAACUGGUGGGAAAGUGGGGAGUUUUAAAACUGCCUGCCAUAUCGGCAAGAAUAUCCACAUCUUAUAUAUCUUAUAUGGACGUGGAGCGGCAUAUUAUGAGAUUGCACAAAACAAAAUUUGUUUAUUUAAAUGCAAAUGAGAAGCCAUUUGGGCGGAUUUCAAGGGCUUUGAAGUGAUUGUUAUUUUGCAUGGAUGGUUAUCUAACAUCUUCGUUACGAAGUGCAUGUUUUCUUUCCUUCUACUUUGAAAAUGUACUUCCGACAUUUGAGUCAUUACUAAUUGCAGAUUUAGAUGUAAUUUGUCUGCUCA